GGAGGAGAGAGGAGGAGAGAGGGAGGUCGAUUAAAUCUUAUUACCCACCUGACAAGCCCUUCAAACCCUCAGACUGAAGCUGACAGCUCUCGGAUGUCUCCUGGAUGGACCAACAGAAGAGGAUCUCCGGAUCAGCCGGUCGGUCUGUUUGGAUUACGGCGCUGAGCUCCGAUGCCGCGCGCGGCGGCUGUGAGUGCAGCGUUACCGGAGCGCUCGCGCCCUCCCUGCUGUUUUAAAUGAGGUGGUCAUGGAGAAGAGCAGCAGCUGGUCGCGGUUACUUCACCUCUCCUUCCUCGCGCUCCUGCUCUCCUCUCAGCCGCUCUGCUGCCGGGGCAGCUGGAUGUGGCUGGGCAUCACCUCCGUCGGGGUGUCGGAGAAGACGGGCUGCGCUAACCUGCCGCUCUCCGCCAAGCAGAAGGACGUGUGCCGCAGGAAGCCCUACCUGCUCGCGAGCGUGGCGGAGGGCGCGCGCCUGGGCGUCUCCGAGUGCAGGACGCAGUUUAGGCACGAGCGCUGGAACUGCAGCACGACGCGCGAGCCACCGGGCUUCGGCAACGAGCUCACGAGCGGCACUAAAGAGACAGCGUUCAUCUACGCUAUAAUGGCUGCAGGUCUGGUACACGCAGUCACCCGCUCCUGUAGCGCAGGAAACAUGACAGAGUGUUCAUGCGACACCACCCUGGGCGGCAGCGGCUCGCCCACAGAGGGCUGGCACUGGGGCGGCUGCUCUGACGACAUCGCCUACGGGACGUGGUUCAGCCGACGCUUCAUCGACAACAUGCCCAAGAACGUCUCGACCAAUGGAGACGACACCCUGCUCGUCAUGAACCAGCAUAACAGCGAGGCUGGGAGACAGGCCAUAGCCAAGACAAUGUCAACAGACUGCCGCUGCCACGGCGUUUCAGGCUCCUGCGCAGUGAAGACCUGCUGGAGGACGAUAGCUCCCUUUGAGCGUGUGGGCAGCUACCUGAAGGAGCGUUACGAGAACAGCGUGCAGGUGAUGGACCGUUCCAAGCGCAAGUUUCGCCGGAAAGAGAAGGAGCAGAGGCGCACGCCCAUCAGCCGCGAGGAGUUCAUCUUCCUCAACAAGUCGCCGAAUUACUGCCUAGAGGACCGGCGGCUGGGCGUGGCAGGGACCCGUGGGCGACGCUGCAACCGCACGUCUGCAGGCCCAGACGGCUGCAACCUACUGUGCUGCGGCCGAGGCUACAAUACUCACGUGGUGCGUCACGUGGAGCGCUGCGAGUGCAAGUUCGUCUGGUGUUGCUACGUGCGCUGCCGGCGAUGCGAGACCAUGAACGAUAUACACACGUGCAAGUAGAAGAGUGAGUGAAGUGUGAGGAAACAGACACUCCCAGUCAAACUGGAGGAGCAGAGGAGACGAGAUCUCCCAGGACAGAGAAGCAUCACCUGUGCUGUUCUUGUCAGGACAGUGGAGAGACAGCCAGGUGACAUCUUCAGUUCCUCUAGUGGCUGGAUCCUCAGGACGAUGAUGAAGAAUAAACUGUUAUAAAUAAAUACUGUGAUGUUCCAGCAGGAGCUCAUGACAGACAUUCUACUUCUUAAUAAUCAGAGAUAAUCAGGGACAUUCUGGUUCUCUUCUGAUGAGUCUCUGUCCUCAUGAAAUAAAAAAAAGAAAAAGGUCUUUGACAACAUAGCCAAGACAAUUUGUAAUCGUAGCAGCAGAAGAAUCAUUUUUUCAUUUCUAUGAAUUCAGAUUAAUAUCAGUUAUCAUCUCUUGGUUUGGUCUGAUCUGGAUUUGGUUAAGGGUUAAUAUACAGAUCAUGGGCAUAUUAUACAUUACAUUUAACACAAACAGCAACAGCCUAGAGAUGUCUUCAUUCAGGAACAUAAAGGGAACAGAAAUGCUUGGUACUCAUUUAAAGGAAUAGCAAAAAAACAAAUUAACUAAGUUAAAUUAAUGAAUAUGCAGUCAAUUAGAUAAAACAUGUUUGGUGCGUUUCUUCAGUUUAGAACAAAAGAUUCUAAGCUAACAAUGCUAACAAUCUUCUCAAACUUUUAUGGCAUGGUGUUGCCCUCAGUCAACAAAACACUUUUCUUAAAAUUACACCAUCCCUAUAAGUGUAUGUGUAUUGUUUUCCUUAAACAAAAUCAGAGACAUGUCUCUGUACAGUAGAAUUAUGGGUAGAAGAACGUGGGGGGAGUGGCCUGUUCAGGAGCCACAGCCAAUGGGAACCAUUGCCAGUAAUAAAUAAUAUUAAAUGAAUAUCAUAUCUUUUUUUUUCUUUUUUCAUUUUUGUUAUUUAUAAAGCUAAAGUUAUAUCUGUAGGUACAUGAAUGUGUAAAGAAGCAUAUUUUGCUAUUUAAAUAAUAUUUUGUUUAAUUUGCAUACUAAA